AUGUCUUCCUCCAAUCAGAACUCCCACUCGCCGUUCCCGUCGUCGGCGAUCACCGAGAAACUCGGUCGCACCAACUUCGUCACCUGGCACGCCCAGGUUCGGUCUGCUGUGCGCGGGGCACGGCUUCAAGGUCACCUCGACGACACCGUGCAGCCGCCGCCAAAAACCAUUAAGGACAAGGAAGAUCGGGAGAUUGAAAACCCGGUGUUCGACGACUGGGACGCUAAGGACCAGCAGGUCCUCAGCUUCCUUCUCUCGGCACUCUCCAAGGACAUCCUCGCCCAUGCUGCUCGAGCACAAACGGCGGCCGAGGCAUGGCGCUCCAUCACCGCGCUGUUCGCCUCGCAAACACGAGCCCGUGUUGUUAAUCUACGCAUGGCGCUCGCCACGACAAAAAAAGGUACUCAGUCCGUCACUGAAUAUUUCACUAAGAUGAAGGGUUUUGGUGAUGAGAUGAUCGAGGCCGGUCGUGCACUCUCCGAUGAUGAACUGGUGGAAUACGUUCUCGCCGGUCUUGGUCCGGAGUUUGAAUCCCUGGUGACUUCACUCACCACGCGGAUUGAAUCGGUGUCCAUCGACGAGCUCUACUCCCAGCUGCUCACCUUUGAAGCCAGAUCCAAUCUGGCUCUUGGGGUCUGUGAGAAGCCCGGCCACUCCGCGGUGCAAUGCUGGUACCGCUUCGACGAGGACUACGUGCCGGAAGGGAAACAUGCUGCAGCGGCUUCGACAAGCUACAACGUCGACACCAACUGGUACACCGAUUCUGGGUCUACGGACCACAUCACAAGUGAGCUAGCCAAGCUGGCCACUCGUGAAAAAUACAAUGGAGGCGACCAGAUUCAUACCGCCAAUGGAUCAGGCCGUGUCUAUAUCUCUCGUGACGUGGUCUUUGAUGAAUCUGUUUUUCCAUUCCAAGAGCUUUCGCCCAAUGCUGGAGCUCGGUUACGACCGGAAAUCCUUCUCCUACCAUCAUCUGGCUCGGGUGGCACUGGUUUUGAUGAUCGCAUGCAUGAUUUGUCUGACCUUGCUAAUCAAUCGCCAUGCAGUGUGCCUUCUGAUGUUUUGUACAGGUUCCAGGAGCAUCCAUCCAGUGUCCGUGAUCAACCACAGGCAGCUGAUCCGCCGGUCGUUGCUGCCAGGGAAUCUCCCUGCAAUGGCCCUGCUGACGGGACCCAUGGUGUCCUGGCGGGAGCACCAUCGGCCGAGCGAGCGGGCCACAACCCUGCUGGCAGACCUCACGGCGCCCUGGCAGGAGAGCCACCGGCCGGGCGAGUGGAACUCGCUGGCCCCUGCACGGAUGCUGCGUCUGCUGUGACGGGCGAAUCCGCGCCACCUGCCAGUCGAUCGACUCCUGCUGCCGGCACGUCUGCGCCGCCUGCAUCGGCACAGAACAAGGAGGACAUUGUACCGCCCGGAUCUUCUGCGCCCACGACUGCAGUGACCGCGGAUACGUCCCCUGCUGCAGCAACCGGCCGUCCUCUCACGCGCUUGCAGCGUGGUAUUCGCAAGCAAAAGCAGUACACAGAUGGCACAGUAAGGUAUGGAUUAUUCACAUCUACUGGUGAACCAUCCUCUCUAGAUGAAGCACUGCAUGACAGGAAUUGGCACCAAGCUAUGGAAUCUGAAUAUGAAGCUCUCAUGAAAAAUCGAACGUGGCAUCUUGUUCCUCCUCAAAAAGGCCGCAAUGUUAUCGGUUGCAAAUGGGUCUAUAAAAUAAAAAGAAAGUCAGAUGGAACUCUUGACAGAUAUAAGGCUCGUCUGGUGGCCAAGGGAUUCAAACAAAGGUAUGGAGUUGAUUAUGAAGAUACUUUCACAUCUAAAGCCGAUACCUCUCUCUUCUUCUUUAGCAAGGGAGGCAUAACAGUGUUUAUAUUAGUUUAUGUGGAUGACAUUAUUGUUGCUAGCUCCAAUGAACAGGCCACCGUUGCAUUGCUCAAGGAUCUCAAGGAGGAGUUUGCACUAAAAGAUCUUGGGCCCCUCCAUUAUUUCCUCGGUAUAGAGGUUACAAAGGUACGCGAUGGUAUACUGCUCACCCAAGACAAGUAUGCUCGUGAUUUACUCAAGAAGGUAGGAAUGUCAGAAUGUAGACCGGUCACUACACCUUUAUCUACCAGUGAAAAAUUGUCAUUAUAUAAGGGUACUCCGUUAGGUGUGAAUGAUGCAACCCAGUAUCGGAGUAUAGUUGGCGCCCUGCAAUAUCUUACACUGACACGACCUGACAUUGCUUUUGCUGUAAACAAAGUAUGUCAAUUCUUGCAUGCUCCUACCACAUGUCAUUGGGAAGCAGUAAAAAGGAUACUAAGAUAUAUUCGGCAGUGCACUAGCCUAGGGAUUAAAAUUCACAAGUCCUCCUCUACUUUAGUCAGUGCAUUCUCAGAUGCUGAUUGGGCUGGAUGUAUAGAUGAUAGAAAAUCUACUGGAGGAUUUGCAGUGUUCUUGGGAAAUAAUCUAAUAUCAUGGAGUGCUAGGAAACAGCCAACUGUUUCUAGAUCAAGCACAGAAGCAGAAUACAAGGCGAUUGCUAAUGCCACAACUGAGGUCAUGUGGGUUCAGAUUUUGCUAAGAGAGAUCGGUGUCAAGAGUCCAAGAGCUGCAAAAUUGUGGUGUGAUAAUUUGGGUGCCACAUAUUUGUCUAGUAAUCCUGUUUUUCAUGCAAGAACAAAACAUAUUGAAGUUGAUUAUCACUUUGUUCGAGAUCGAGUCAAGAAGCAACUAUUGGACAUUGGGUUUGUUUCUACGAAGGAUCAAAUAGCCGACGGCUUCACCAAAGCUCUUCCUGUCCGCCAAGUUGAAAACUUCAAAGUCAAUCUCAACAUGGACACGUUGAAAUUGAGGGAGGCUGUUAGAUAG